UCCAUUUGGCCAGCAUCAGCGAAAAUACUCUGUCCAGCAAACUCUCUCCUCACCAUCCAAUUAUAUACGUCUCUCUCUCUCUUUCUCAGAUUCUUCCUUGAAUACAUCAAAGUUUUCCUCUGUACUAAGCCGCACCUCCUCUUAGGCACAUUUAACACAGCUAUACACGCUUGAUUGUUCCCUUUCAAUUGCAUGUGCAUAGAUACGUGCAAAUAUACAUACAGAUACGCGCUGUAUACAUAUGAGAUUGCAGUCUGUGAUUUGAGGCCUCUGAUGUUCUUGAUUGCCUUUGGAAUCACGAAGGAAGAUCAUUAAUCGAGCUCUCUGUGUUUCCUUCAGCAAUAAUUAGUCACAGAGAAAGCAUGGAUGAUUCAGGAGGAGAAAUCAAGGUUAGUUUUGGAUACCAAUGUCUAGGUAAGGAUGACGGUUCUUGCUACAAAUCAAAUGGCAUUGACAUCCCAUCUGCAAUCAAACUCAAAAGAGCUAGCAGCUCCUUCUCUUGCUUGUCUGGGGCUGCAUUGAGUGCCAAUGCUACAUUAGCUAAUACAAACAUAUGCAAUGGGCUGAUUGGGGGAGAAAUACUGCCAACAUUUGACUCUCCUAACUCUUUCCGCAGGAUUCCAUCCUCGCCAUCUUUCUCAAAAUUGGAACUUUUGUCAUCUUCUCUCCCAAGUAGCAUGUCAAACUUGAGUUUUAGCCCGUCCUCUCCUACUGAGACACUAGGUUGUGACUAUUCUCCUUCAAGAGGUGAUAGCUUCCUCAAUGCAGUGGAGGUACAAGUAGCUGGGGGUGCUGCUGGUGAAGAUAGAGUUCAGGCUGUUUGUUCAGAAGAGAAUGGGUGGCUUUUUUGUGCUAUAUAUGAUGGCUUCAAUGGAAGAGAUGCAGCAGAUUUUCUUGCUGGAACAUUAUAUGAAACAAUUGGAUUUUACCUGAACUUAUUAGAUUGGGAAAUCGAACAGGAGUCUGCUAAAGCUUCCUGUUGUUUGGAUUCUGAUAAAUCCCUCUGUUGUAUUCGGAAAGAUGGCAGUGAUUCCAAAAAUGUUGAAAAGAAUGCCAAUUUUGAUAGUUUUGACAUUCUGCCCUCUUUGAAAUCAUUUGGUUUGUCUAAGCGGAGGAUUCUUAACAGCCUUCAACGUGCUCUUAGUCAAACUGAGAAUGAUUUUCUACACAUGGUGGAACAGGAAAUGGAAGAACGCCCUGAUUUAGUGUCUAUUGGAUCUUGUGUGUUGCUUGUGCUUCUCCAUGGGAAGGACUUGUAUAUUCUCAAUGUUGGUGAUAGUCGAGCUGUUUUGGCUACAUAUGAUGAAGGCAUUGACAUAAAUGGAAGUAAGGGGCUGCGUGCUGUCCAGCUCACUGAUAGUCAUACCGUUGACAAUGAAGUUGAGAGAACUCGACUUCUACUUGAUCAUCCAGAUGACCCUUCAACAGUUGUGGCUGGAAAAGUCAAAGGGAAGUUGAAGGUUACAAGGGCUUUUGGAGUUGGCUACUUGAAAAAGAAAACCAUGAAUGAUGCUUUGAUGGGUAUUCUUCGAGUCCGUAAUCUCAUAAGUCCACCAUAUGUAUCUUUAGAGCCAUCACUUCAUGUACAUGAAGUUUCAAGCUCUGAUUACUUUGUUGUACUUGGAAGUGAUGGUCUAUUUGAUUUCUUCAGCAACGAUGAAGUUGUAAAGCUCGUGCGUUCUUACAUUUUGAGGAACCCUGCUGGUGAUCCGGCAAAAUUUUUAGUAGAGCAGCUUGUUGUGAGGGCUGCAGAUCGUGCAGGUUUCAGUAUGGAAGAGUUGAUGAGUAUCCCUGCUGGCAGAAGACGGAAAUAUCAUGACGAUGUUACUGUAAUUGUGAUUAUGCUUGGCUCAAACAAGAGCACCUCGAAGGCGUCCACAUGUCUAUGAAACCCGACUUGUGAAAUCUACCACAAUGCCAUAGGGCGAACAAAGGCCGUUUUAUUUUAUUUUUUUUCCUUUUUUUGGCUUUAAAAUUCUGUUCUUUAAGUUUGCAGUCACUGUUUUGGACCCUGUAUAUCUUGUUUAUUAUUUUCACAAACAUGUUACAUCUUGACCUAUGAAUAGAAUCUGCCUUGUUCUAUUGUUCA